AUGCAUUUCAUCACUGGCAAGGCACCCAUUUGGGAUGGUAGCUUGGCGCAGCAGCUCAGUGUUUGUUUGGUGCAGACUGUGCAAGAUGAAGACCGGCAAAGACUGGAGCUGCGCCGCCGGCAUGCGCGCGACUGUGCCUUGGAAGGCAUGGCAGCCUUCAAAGCAGGUGAGCGUCACACGGCAGCUCCGGCUUUUGAGGCAUGUGUUUGUUGGACUCUGCUAACGUACUGUUGGGGUGAUCAACAGCUGAGCACUUCCCUAUAUAACUACGGGUCCUCUACAGCUUCCACAGAGCCCCUGUUAGCAAAGAAAUACCUUGAGCUUGCUAUCCAAUCUGCGCAAGAUGAGGCACAGAAGGUCAAAUAUCGCCGAAAACUGCAAGAAGUGGCCGAACUUUGGGCGGGGACACGGGGCUGUCAGAGCCCCUCUGCUGUUCAGCCUUCAUGGGGAACGGAGGGCACCAUUGUGGAAGUUCAGGAACUGGCAGCUGAAAUGGAGGCCGUGGCCGCCAAGCUACGCAGUCUGGAGGUCCAAAUGCAGGCUGGGGAGGUGCUUGCGCCGCAAGAAGUCACCACAAAGGAGCAGUGCCAGGAGUGGAUUUGGAAAAGGCUUGGCAUCAACAAUCCUUGGCGUGGCAUGCAAUAG